GCCGUGUGCCGCGUCGCGGUAGUGUCGUGCAGGUAGUGGCACCGUUUUCGCGCGUUCCGUCGAGCCACGACGAUGACGUCUUCCUCGUUCUGACUAUGAGCGACGCGCGCUCAUCGCGAACAUCACCGGGCACGUUCACCCCGCCGUCGUCGUCGUCAUCGUCGUCGUUGUCGUCGCCGUUUAUUUCGACUCGCACGCGGGCCGAUCGGGCAAGCCGCGCGCGUCAGGGAUACCAACGCACUCUCGUCGCUCGUUGCCGCCGCCGCCGCCGCCGUGGUUUUUCGGCCCUUCGAAAUCUUACGAUCGCCGCUCGACCGGACGGAUCGUUUCGCCGGUUUCGCGUCCCCCAACGUCCGUUCGUGUGCGCAAAAGGGGGAAACUUCAACGCGUGGAAUAGCCGACCGUGACCGUCGCGAGUGACUGCACGAAGUUCUACGAAGGAAGAAGCCGCCGCAGUUUUCGAAGAAACGUCGUCGCGAGAGCGCCGGCAGUUCGCAGUGCACGAGCGGACGUGCUCCGAUUUUCGUUUUGUCGUUCGUUCAGCGUGAGCCCCUAAUCCUUCAUCGGAGAAUCGACUAGCCGCGGAGCGAACGACUCGUUUGAUCUGUCGCGUGAAUGAGUGACCGUGGCGCGAGUUUCAAAAUCGCUAGCAAUAGGAAGCGAACGGAGGGGUCGGUCGCGCCGACGACGUUGCCAAGUCUCGUGCUUUUUUAAACCGGAGCAGACCCGUCCACGUCGUCCGUCUUCAUCGAGAUCCCCGACGUCGAUCUCGCGUUGAUCUACGAUCGUCUUCCAUUUGAAGAAGAAGAGGAACGUCUGGAUUCGACGGCAGGAUUUUACACGGGAUUUUCGCUCGCGGACCUUCGCGAGUCCUCGUCGACGAUCAUCGCUCCGGAUUUAUUCCCGGAGUCUCCCUCGGAUCGAGACCGUCAAUCUGGGUUCGUCUCACUUUAUCACGAUAAGUACAGGCGCGGAAAUAGCGCGUCAUUCCCGGCAUCGAUCGCCGAUCGUCGCGAUUCCGGCGACGCGGAUCAGCUGAUAACCUCUCGCGUGCGCGUGCGACGGUGUAAUUCCAGCGAUUCGAAGUUCUUUCUUUUGCGUGCGCGUAAAUAAACCGAUCGCUCGCAAACCGAAGUAAAUCGCGUCGUCGAGUGGCAAAGUGCCGGAUUAGAUUCCGCCGCCAAGAUCGCGGUUCGCGAAGAGGAGCAAAAGGUGCGCGAGACGCGACGGGAUUUAUCGAGGAUAUAUACGCUCGAGGCUGCUGUCGUACGUGCGCCGGCAAGAACUGACUCUUCCGCGCGCGUGUGUGUGUAUAUAUAUAUAUAUAUGUGUGUGUGUGAUCCCUCUAAAUUUUCCCCCGAAUUUCUUUUCCCCGCCUAUGUUUCUCGCGUCGCGCGAAGAUAGAACGAGAUCCGACGCGAUUCGCCCUCCGGCUUUCCGCAGUGACGCUCCGCCUUUGCGUCUUUCCGCAAGAAUCCGCUCGCGGAAACGGACGAGGGGGCACAUCUCGACGGCUGCACAUCGCCGAGACGACGUCCUGAGCGAGAGGGGAGGAGACAGAAGGGAAGAGAACAGCGCCGCCGAUCUCGAGACUGUCACCCGUGUAUCCCAUGAUGAUCCGAAGAGCGGUACAUGUCAAACGGCGAACGUGACCGCCGCAAACUACCUCCCUCCCCCGUCGACGCCCCGCGUGUUCCAGGGUCGUCGGCGAGACGACCCUCGUUAAUACCGCAGCCGAUCGUGAGAGGAGAAUGUCGCGCUAGAGGGGGAUCCGAUUUACUUGCUGAAUCGAUCGAAUUUCGACGAUCCUCGGCCCUCGCGCGCCUCGAUGGACGUUACGUUGUCGUCUGGAGGGCGGCCUCGCGGGAUGGUAGUAGCCGCCGCCGACGAGUGCACCGGAUAAUAAAGCGGGAUCGUCGUGAAACGGGAUCGUCAAGAGGAAGCGGGCCAGGAGGGGGAAAGACGUGGUUUUGAAGAGAAGCAAACGAGCGGGGGCGUAGUCGGGGCCCACGCGCGUGAACAACGUGAGAGAGAGAGAAAGAGAGAGAGAGAGAGAGAGAGGGAAAGAGAAAGAGAAAGAAAAGACGUCAAGAUGACCAUGGCAAGUAACAUCGUGGUCGAGUGGCUGCGGUCGCUCCACCUCGGCCAGUACUCGGAGUCGUUCAUCGAUAACGGCUACGACGACCUUGAGAUCUGCAAGCAGAUCGGCGAUCCGGAUCUCGACGCGAUCGGCGUCUUCAAUCAGAAGCACCGGGCGCGCCUGCUGCAGUCGGUCAAGACCCUACGCGAGGAAGGCGCCGCGAGUGUGUACUUCACGCUGGAGGAGACGAACGACAACAGCUGCGACAACAUCAGCUCCAAGUCGUCGAGGACGUCGUCCGACCGGCCACCCAGCGACAAGGAGGCGCAGCGUGCGUCGCCCACGGCCAGCUCCUCCAGCGGCGGUCAGGAGCUGACGAAGUUCGCGGACGAGUACGAGGAGGGCAAGGCCGAGCUGGUGAGAAUUCCCCGGAUGCAACUGAGGAUGCUGCUGCAGGAGAAGCUGAGACACGACGGGAUCAGGCUGGCCUGCCAACCGUACACCACACCGGAGGGCGAGAGGGGGUAUUUGGAAGGACUCGCCUCGAGAUAUGCAGACCUCUUCAGGACGCAUUACGGGGAUGUUCUUGAGCCGCUCGAAGAGCUACGCCGGCGAGAAACAAACGCUUCCGCCCGAAUGCCCAACACUCAGCUCACCACCAGUCAUUCACAGCCCAUUUACGUGCCCGGAAAAUACUCGCCCUCGAGCUGCCUCAGCGACAAGGAGGAGGACGAAAUCUAUGGCUUCGGAUAUGGGGUCUUCAGCAGGCAGAUGCUCCAACAUCGACAGCAGAAGCUCGCGCUCGCAACACAAAACACGACUGCCGCAGUGACACCGGGUGGACCUCAGGCAACCUAUCAAAGUUGUCUGAGCCCGAGAUCUGCGUUCUUCUACGAGUUCCCUCCUAACGAGCAAGGACAAAACACGAGCAAGAAGAAGACGACGUUUUCGAGGUUGCUGCGAGGACUGAAGACGCACAGAAAAGAGAAACAAGGCCAGGCGCAAGGCUCCCCCAGGCAUGGUCGCGCGAGGAUGGGCGUUCCUCAAAGAGUAGACACACCUGACAGUGUUCUGCAAAGCGGUUUGGGUCUCGGACCCGAUAUGGGACACACGAUUCUUCGUUCGAUGGUGGAUCCUCGAGAUUACGAUCGACUGAGAUACCUGCAGAUGAACGGCAGCCAACCAAAUAGUUUCGAAGAAACCAUUCACAGGCUGAAAGUUCAAGAGGCGCUGCGAAAGAAAGAGCGGUUUCACAAAGAGCACGAGGAGAUACUGAGGGAUAUCCGGCAGGGUUUAAUGCAGCUAGGACGAGACGGACGGGGUCAGCUCCCUGGGGAUGAUACGUACAUGUACGACGAAGACGCGCGGUGCGGAGGCGCAGGUGGUUUAGGUCCCGGGCCAGGCGGUCAUUGGUACGACGAACCACCUUACGAGUCGGAUCCCGAAGACUUCCUUAUGGGAGCUAGCGGCGGCCCGGUACCCACCGCGACUAUCCAGAAUGGAAGGGUGUGUUUCACGCUGAAUAUGAGACCGGAGAACCGAGGCGAGGGUGUGAUCUCUCUUCGAACAGCCGGCGAUAUCAGUUUGCCGCGCGAUCGCUCGAGGAAAGGUGCAACAUCGACGAUGCGAGGUCUCAUUGUUCCUCAGGGUCACAAUAAUCCGCCGACGAUCAUACCCUUAACGCAUUCGAGGGCUUCUCGUGAGAGCGGAGAUUACGCGAGUAGCGACGUGCAGAGUCGGAGUAGCGGCGAGGAGGGACUGUCGCCGAGCCAGAGUAGCGACUACGAAGAUCAAGAAGAACUCGAGAGUCAACACUCGGCCGCCGUGCAUACAUCGGAGGCCAGCGCGCUGCUCGAGGGCGACGCCAGGGCGGGUAUCGCAGGCCGCGCGAGGAAUUUAAGGCACGACGUGCAGCGAAAGAUCUCGAGGCUGCGCCAGGAUCGCGCGUCCUCGGAGGCGUUCCCGUGCAGCGCGAGCAGCGUCGAGAGCCUGCCGAGCGGCAGCGGAUCGAGCACGCAGGCCCUGGUGCGCGCGGGAAGCAAUCACAGCUCGAUAUCCUGCGAGGACAGAGACGCCGUCAGCCCGACGUCCAUCGGCCCGGUCCUGUGUCGGGCGAGGGCGCUCGUGGAUUACACGCCCAGUCCUUACGACAAGGACGCGUUGAAGUUCAAGAAGGGAGACGUAAUCGAUGUGGUACAGAUGAACAAGAGCGGGCUGUGGAAGGGCGUCGUACACAACAGGAUAGGCCACUUCAAGUUCAUAAACGUCGAGAUACUGAACGACAGGGUGCCCAGGCGGGGGGAACCGGAGCGGGGCAAGUGGGGUCAGAGAUACAGGCAGAAGCCGGGUUCCGUUCAAGAGCUCUUGCAGAGAAUGAAUCUUCAGGAACAUAUUCCAGUUUUUGUGCUGAACGGAUACGAGGAUCUGGAGCUCUUCAGGGAGUUAGAGGCGGCGGAUCUGGACUAUUUGCGUAUACAUCAACCCGAGCAUCGUGCCAAGAUACUCACCGCCGUGCAACUCCUACACGAUCUUCAGUCGGGCAGCGAGGGUGACCUGGCCUCGAGUUCAGAGGGCGACGAGGUCAGUCGUCUGGUCUUAACCUCCGGCCAGACGUCCGGCCACUGUUCCCCGUUUAACCGACGCCAGUUCCCACGGGACUCCGGCUGCUACGACGCGCACAAGAAUACGACCAGUCGGCGGACCAUCAGCCCGGAAUCAACGACGACGUCGACGAAGCUGUCGAGGGAGAACAAUUUGGACGGCGCGACGGCCGUUACGAAGAGCACCGGCGGUGCCGGCGCCACGGACGGCGGUCUGACCGAUGCGAAGGACGACUUCCAUCCCAACAUACCGAUCUCCGGCUCGGUGACGAGCCAGAAGGAGGGCCAGUUCGAGAAGUCGCCGCUACUGCGGGGCGGCAACGUGCGGUACAUCGCGAAGCGGGGCAACUUCGGCGAGACGGUGGUGAUCGAGGACGCCUGCGAGGGCGGCCGCGAGAAGCUGGGCGGCAUGGCCAAGUACAUGGUCGGCGGCGCCAAUGACCUCGGCCUCGAGAGCACCGGCAACGUCACCGGGCUGAGCCAACGCGGUUGCCUCAGCGAGAAGUCCAGCGACUCCGGCGUCAGCUCGUCCAGCAUCAGCUCGGCGCCCCCGCCCAGGGACAAGGUGCUCGCCACCGCCAGCGCCGCGUCGGACUCGCCGACCAAGACCUUCGGCAGCUUCAGCAGAGCGUCGCCGACUUCCCAGGGCGGUAAUAAGAGUCAAAGCAACGACGCGAGUUACCAGUGAGAAACAUCGCAACAGACCGGUAGUCGUGGCGCGACUUUAGCUCGAAGGUAAGAGAGAUACGAGAGAGUUAGGAGGGGGAUCGCGCAAUUAACCGACUUAAUGGAGCGGCCUUAGUUCGGAUUCAAAGGGUUACACGGUCACGAUCGUCUUCAGGCUACCGGUGCCUACGAUUCGUCCACGAGAUUACUUGGGCAAUAUCGGGAUCAACAAUGGGGAAUAUCUCGGGCAUUUUAUAUAUCCAACGAGAAGUAUAUUUCCUGAAAUUAGCGAUCCUGACGAGCGUACUUGGCGAUAAGAUGUCUCUUCCAUUUCGGACGGCUCACAGAGUUGAAGCAAUUUUAUAUCUAACGAAAUUGCUAACGAUACACGUGUAAUAAUAAUCGAUAGUUGUCGCCGUGUCCGCUCGUUGCGAUGAUCAUCGUUGCGCUCAAUCGCAUCUCGAUUUGAAAUAUCUUGCAAAGCAAUAUCUCAUUUCCAUGUUAUUGUUGUUGACAAAGUACCGCGGAAGGGGGGGGGGAAUGGUCUCACUUCGUUUGAUAAUUCUUGUCACGAGCGCGAAAUGGAAAUUCUAAUAUCUCUCGAUGUAAUAUCUCUCCGAUAUUAAUGUCGGGAGGGACAUUUUGUUACUCCGUGUCUCUGGAUGCGCUGCGGCAAGAAUUCCGCGAAACGUGCGAAUUUCUAGCAAUUGUAACAAGGGCUCCCCGGAGCAUCCCGGGCGAAGUUUUCUUCGCGUUCACGUCCCGCGUUUUCGGUCCGUACGAGAUGCAUCUCGAACGGCUGUCUCCGCAUCUCGAAACCGCCAAGUCACAUCGCGCCUCUACGUGUAGCCGUGUAAUUAAUAAUAAGCGAAUACUAUGUGAUACGGUAGCAAUAUAACGAUCGAUUAACAAAUAGGUAGAAAAGAAAAGAAGACAACGGCCGGCGCGGCGACCGUCAUUUGCGUCGCGCGAAUCGUCGUCGCGAUCCGUUACGUACAAUAAAUAAAAAAAAAAGGGAGAGAGGAAAAAAAGAAAACACGAAUGAAGAUCCAAUAUAACGUUAUGCGUCCGUUAGUUUUGAUUUCACGUUUGAUAUUGUCUGCCGGUUUUAUCUUUGUCUGGGACAACCUCGCGAUUAAUCACCGCAAAUGCUAUAUAGCUCGCCCGACGUGCGUUCGUCAAAAACUGCCAGCGUUAUCGAGUAUUCUCGUCUCUCGUUGAACGGCGAUCUCUUAUCUCGUUAUAUUUUGGACUCGCUUUUUUGUAACGUUCGUUCGUAUAGUCUCGCCGCUGAAAGAUGACACGCGCGCGUCGAAACGUGCGCUAAACGAGAUAAUUAUACGAAUCGCGUAACCCCCCGGGACAACACUCGAGACAAACUUUUCGCUUAAUACAAACGCGCGCGAAACUCGUGAGGAUCCACCUUAAGCGGUAACGUGGAGAGGAAAAAAAAAUGCGUAUUAUCACAGGAUGCCUUACGAGCGGUUUUUCACUUACUUAGCUGAUUUACGCGACCUUUCAAUAAUAAAGCCCCCUCCGAUGCUCGACUCGCGCGCGCGAGGAAAUAUAUAUCCCCCCCCACUUACUUUCCACCGUUCGCAUGUAUAAUUUUGUACGGAGUAGCGUGGAGAACCCGCGGAAGUUUCUCCACGUGGAGAGAACGCGGCGCCCCGCGCAUUUUCGCCACUCGGACUUUGCUUACUAUUAACGACCGACAAUCCCCCAUCGUCGACAUGUCAGUUGUUCGACACGAUGGAACAAAGCCUGUACAUGUGUGUAUAUUGACCACGCCACGGGAGGAAAACGUUGAAAGUUACAGAGAUUUUGUAUGUACAUAUAGAUAAAUAUUACGCGUAGGACGAUAACGAAUGUUUUGUAUUGACCUUGCCCCGUUUGCCAAAACUUAAGACUAUAGGCUGUAUACAUAAUGCGAAACACAUUAUAUCGUACCGUUGGAACUUAUGUACAUCUCUUGUAUAGUGUAAAGUCAUAGAUGAAUUUAUGAGACGCGGGAGCGCAAUCAGAGUAAUUCAGGGCUGACGAGACCAGUGUUGUACGCGGGGAGGAGGGAGCCGAGAGAGGCCCGAUGGAUAAUAAUAAAUCGUAAGUAAUAAUUUUAACUGUUACCGAGACGCAGCGACGGCUCGACGAAGCGCAUUAUAUUAAUUAAAAAUAGGAGGAAAAGAAAUUAAGUACACGGGAGAAACGCGCGCCCGCCCGCGAACGAACGAUCGACACCAAUUAUUCGGCGGAUAUACAGCAUGCGGAAGCGAUCGGUGAUAUUUAGAGAGUUAUCGCGAUGCCAUAUUACGAUAAACGUCGCAUACCUAUAUCGACAAGUUAAUUGAAAAAGUAUCCAAAAAAAAAAGCAAUUACUGUUCACGGCUUCAAUCGUCUUAGACGAUCAAAAGAUAACAGUCGGCAAGCGUUAGGUAUAUAUCUUCAUUGACAUGUAUUGAAAGUGAGCCAACCAAUAAUGAUACUUCCAUAUAUACGAAUUAAAAUGAUCGAUAAUAUGAGUUGAAGAUUACGGAGGCUGCCGUGAUCUCCAUAUCAAUGUUUAUCGCAUCGGAAGUAUGUUAUCGCGAUAACAGCCUGUUGAAAAAUGUUUCGCACGACACACUUUUUACACAAAAAUCCACGUAACGUAGAGCGUGCUUCUUCUGCAACUGCGCUACGAUCGCACACACACGAGGAGCGGCGAUUGAAGGUGGAGGGGCGGGGGGACAAUGGAACACCCGAUCGGCCCGGAAAUCGGCUGUGAUUAGACCGAACGAAAGAGAGUAUAGUCGCAAGUUGCUUCCAUCGACGUCGAGAUUGAUUAAUGCGAUUAACGCUCGAUCGCGGCCGCAGCGUGCGAUUUUCGUGCCGAGAACCGAAGUUCCGCAAUAUCGAGAUUUACGUCGCGUCCCGCCCGCGCGCGAGCGCUCCAUCAGCGGGCACUUUUUUUAUCGAGUUUGCGCGAUGAUCCGACGAUCCGAGAGAGAGGCGCCGGGAGGACGUAUCCGAUAAACGGUACGUCGAUUUCGGUGAUGUCUGCUAGUUUAUCCGUUCCAUCGAGAGUACCAACAUGUGCGGAGAAUGAGUGAAGUGGUUGUUAUUAAAGGGAGGGGCUGAAACAGCGAGAGAGCAUGAGAGGGAUGAUUGAAAAUUGAGUAUGCAUGGCGCGUACGUGUGUGCGUGUGUAUGCGUGAGAGAGAGAGAGAGUGUGAAAGAGAAAGGAAGAGAGAGAGAGAGAGGAAGGGGGAGAAAAAGUACAGAGGCGAGAAGGGCGACGCGAUGUUAAAUUUAGUAACGAGUUUAUGAGAAUACGAAUAGACACGAUAGUGAUUUUAUUUAGCUCGGGAGGAAAAAAAAUACGCAGCAUUUGAUGUAAAGUAAAUUCAUUCUAAUCGUAGACCCAAGGCGCAGUAAUCGAAAUAGGAUAAUUUAAGCGUACCUUAAGGGAGAGAAGCGAGUCGUUGACGAAGGAAGGGCCUAUAUGGUGUUGGGUCUUGCCACGAUCCGAGACGGCGAAGCGAAUAGAGAAUAAAUUUUAUUCGAGUCGAGAUCGAGAACGCCACGAAGCGCGGCGCUUAUAGGGUCGAAUGAAAUUAAGCGUUUACGUAGCGGUCUAGUCCAUUCUUCUCGCGUGAUUAACGAGUAUAAUGUACAUAAAGUAAUAAAAAACGAUAAAAGAAUGCAACCGAAUCUAGAAGAGAAACGGCGAAUCGCGGCAGCGAAUUAGCGCGCAUAUCGUCGUACCUUUUUAUAAGCUGAUUUUGUAUUUAUUGAUUAAUUGCGGGGUUUAUAGAUGGUCACACACACACGAAUCACACACACACGUAAUUCUCAUCGUCUCUCGGUUCUCGUAAUGAUUUCCAACGAUAAGUGUUAAUUUAUUGACUGUGAAUAGAAAUAAACGAUGGAAGAGAUUCAAACGAGAA